UAGAGAGUGCUCUCUGCGCAGGCGCAAAGGGCUGUCCCUUCCGGGUUCCAGCGUCCUCGCGUUUCACCAAAGGAAAUCUCUUCGUUUUCCAGAGUGACUAUGGCAACCUACAGCCUGGCAAACGAGCGACUACGCGCCCUGGAAGACAUCGAACGGGAAAUCGGCGCGAUUCUUCAGAAUGCAGGUACCGUGAUCCUGGAACUUUCGAAGGAAAAAACCAAUGAACGGCUGCUAGACCGGCAAGCGGCGGCUUUCACGGCGUCGGUGCAGCAUGUAGAGGCGGAGCUGUCGGCUCAGAUCCGCUACUUAACCCAGGUGGCCACAGGGCAGCCCCAUGAGGGCUCCAGCUAUUCUUCAAGGAAGGACUGUCAGAUGGCCCUGAAGCGAGUGGACUAUGCUCGCCUCAAGCUCAGUGAUGUGGCCCGAACCUGUGAGCAGAUGCUGGAAAACUAAGCCAAGUAGGUGGAGAGACAGCUUGGAACAAGACUACCACCUGUGCCCGGGACAGAACUUGGAGACCUGCAGGAUGGGGAGCACAGGCUGCCAUGCAUGUCCUAUUGGUCAGAAUAUGAGGACAGUGAGGUAAAAGGUGGGAAUGGAGAAAUUUAAAGAUUGAGCCUGCCUACAACUCUGCCCUGGUUCCUCCAGCAGGGUGCUGCUGUUCUGCAUGCACUUCACAGAAGUGCUAAAAAGCUCAUACAGAAGACAGAGAUUCAGACACACAGCCCACUUCCUCAUGUAUUUCAUGUCUUUGUCCCAGGCGUCCACAGACUUGUACAUUCUUCUUCAUUGGGAGAUAUAAAACAAGAACUAAGGGUUUUAAUAAUAAAAACAGUAACAACAAAAA